AUGAGUUACAACCCACCGACACAGCCAUCAGGCAGUCAAACACCCCCUUCGGUCAACAUCCAAUAUGCUUCUAGCCGAUCAUUUGCACCUCCUUCACCGAUAUCCCCACAUCACCUCUCCCCCAACCGGCCUCGUUCUCGCUCGCGGAGUUUUACAAAUCGAAUUCGUGCUCCGCCAUCACAGAUAACGGAGGACAAGUGGUUGAGAAGUAUAUUACCGACCGCCGAAGAAACCGAGUGCCAUCUUCGCAUUGAUGUGGACGGCCCGGACGGGAGUGCAUGGAAAGGACAGAGAGUCCAAUUUUCCAAAUGGGCGUGGGAUCGCAACAAGUCUUAUGAGCGCCUCCACAAACAGAUUAUGGCAACGCUGCAGGCCUACAAAGAAGGGCUCUGGCGCAAUCCCGAGAACCAUGGUCUUAGCGUCUACCGAAGACACGGAUCUUGCCACAUUAUGGGACUUCAACACGAAGGGCCACAUUCCGUGAUCGAGGACUAUGAUGCGGACUAUCUUGGCCAGAAGGCGAUUCAGAACAUCUGUGGCUUCAUCCACAAGCAUCCCUACGAGCCCUUCCGACUAGAAAUCCGUUUGCAUUUUUCAAACAUUCGAAUAUUGCCCGGGUCUGUGUACUGUGAAUGGGAGAGGAUGGUGAUUGGAGAGAUCGAGGCAAAGCUAGCUGACAACCCUUUCCUUGGUCGAGAUUUUCUGCCCCGUGUCCACCGCGAUCAACUGACCUCGAAAAAGUUGAUAUUUGAAAUCAUAAAAGAGAGGCUGGAUCGAAGACGCUCGCAGUCAGAUCCGGCACAUAUAUGUGACGAGAUUGUCAGCAAGCGAGCCUCAAUUUUAUUCAUAGCGUGCAUCUACCACAAGUUAGACAUCGAUAUCAUUUUACACUUGGUCCAGGAUCACGGUUACAACGAUGGCAAUCUCCCACCCCCCACCGCAGUGGCCGGACAACGAAACUCAACAAACAAAUGCGACAAAUGCGACAAGAACAUCAAGACAUUGCGCAAAAAACUUACUGCGUUCUUUGCCAGGAACAUCGAACACGAUGGGAAACGACAUGUCUUGGAGUUUGACGAGGUGAUGCCAUUGCUGAACAUACCAGAUGAAAGUGACGAAACUGGUCAGAGCAGGGAAACGGUGCUUGGUCAUGGCUCGUUCGGGACGGUUAAAGCAGUCUCCAUCGACUCUUCUCAUCAUUAUCUGACGGGCGAUCCCGAUCGCACUUAUGCCCUGAAGAUGUUCCACACAACAGGUGACCAGGCUGAAGACUUCAAGAGAGAAAUCUGUAUGCUGGAAAGGUUAUUCCACGAAGGACAUCCGCACCUUGUAACACACAUUACAAGCUGGACUCAAAAUCAAGUGCAUUAUAUUCUUUAUCCCAGAGCCAUACGGAAUCUCCGGUCACAUAUGAAUGGGCACGAUCCUCCCGCGCACAGCAGUGUCAAUGUCGCUUGGCUCUUGCGACAAUUCCACGGGUUGGCCAGUGCCCUCCGAAGCAUUCAUGAGAUGAAAGAAGAAACGCCAACGAUUCCAAGCCAGUCGAGCUCCUCGACAAUAGCAGUAGAAAGGCAGAACCAUUUUGUGUUCGGCUAUCAUCACGACAUCAAGCCAGAGAACAUCCUUUUAUUUGAACAUGUGAAAGGGAGAAAUCCGAUGCUCAAAUUAAGCGACUUUGGUGCCGGGCGAUUCCACUCGAUGCCCAGGAACAAUUUUGACAAGAGAAGCCAACAAGGUUCAGCCCUGCGUGGCACCGUCGCUUACUUUUGCCCCGAAUAUGAACAACCGAAGAGCCGUAAAUUUGACAUCUGGGCUCUAGCCUGUGUGUACUUUGAAAUGAUGAUGUGGUUUUGCCUGCCGGGGCGUCUUGAGGAGUUCCAUGGGAAACGGGUCGAACAAUCACGCCAAUGUUCAGAAUGGGAAGAUGACUGUUAUUGGCGACUCGUACCCGAUACUAAAAUUGCAGAGCUCCGUCCCGUGGUGGACGAGUUCUUCCGCCAUCUGCAAAUGCAGAUUGUCAAUGAUCCAGAAGACAUCGCGGGGCUUUUGUCCAAAGUGUUGGAUCAAAUCAAAGCGGCCUUCGCAAUCAAUCCCGCCAAGCGACCUACAAUCGAGGAGCUUUGCAACGAGUUUGACAAACUCCGUGUAGAGGCGGAAUUGCUGGUCAACCAGACCGAGCGCGACUUGCGAUCACAACCUUCGACCCGAGGCAACAGCCCAAGCAGCUGCAAGGGCUCAGACUUGGAUGAGUCUACUCGAUUCUCGCCAAAUCAACGGCAUCACACUUUUCCAGAAGACCAAACAUCGUCUUCUUAUGACCAGUAA